GAGAUGCUUCCUUCACUUCGAGCUAAAGAGGAGGGACUAGACCGGUGCGGGUUAAUGCCCACUGUGAGUUCAGGCAGAGCGGCAUAGCGCAACAUCUCCGCCGCUGACUCCGCUCACUCCUCAGCGGACACCCUCCGCGCAGCGUCUCCACAUCUCUCCCCGAGGUUCCUCCACUUUCCAGGGGGGGUCUCUUUCUCCACCGGUUCUCCUCCUGAGAUUCCGUGCGCUCAGAUCUCUCCUCGCCGCAUUUUCUUUUUUUUUCUUUAUUUUUUCUUUCUUUUUUCUUUUUGCGCACGGUCACUUCUCCAACAUUCCCACUUGCCUCUCAGCUGCGCUCCGGUCAUCACUUCACUCACUCCGAAGAGUCCCGAGCGUCAGACCGCGACGUCGCGUUAUUGAACUUUCUCUUAUCUAGGUUCAGUUAUCAGUUUCGCUUUGUGCCCGGACCGAAGAAAGUGCGCGCUUCUGGCUCAUGGGGAUUUAGUGUCGUGACAUGAUUUCAAGACCCGGCGCCUCCACAGAGAAAUGGGACUCUCUGCAUUUAUGGUCACAUGAAUGUCAGCGCUGCAGGCCAGAUGCCGGUGAUGGAGGAGCUUGUCAGUGAGAGCGACAGCAUGCCGAAGCGGAUGGCUCUGAUCUGCUUCCUGUCUCUGGUCAUGCUGAUGAGCAUCCUGGGAAACCUGCUGGUGAUGGUGGCCGUCUGCAAGGACAGACAACUCCGGAAAAUCAAGACCAACUACUUCAUCGUGUCUCUGGCGUUCGCCGACCUGCUCGUGUCCGUGCUGGUGAUGCCGUUCGGCGCCAUCGAGCUCGUCCACCACCACUGGAUCUACGGCGAGACCUUCUGUCUGGUGCGGACGUCGCUGGACGUGCUGCUGACCACCGCGUCCAUUCUGCACCUGUGCUGCAUCGCCCUGGACAGGUAUUACGCUAUCUGCUGCCAGCCUCUGGUCUACCGGAACAAAAUGACGCCCAUGCGAGUGGCUCUAAUGAUCGGUGGCUGCUGGGUCAUUCCCACUUUCAUCUCCUUCCUUCCCAUCAUGCAGGGAUGGAACAGCAUCGGCAUCGACGACUUGAUCGAGGAGCGGCGCCACAACGUGGGCAGCAACUCCACGUCCUGCGUCUUCAUGGUGAACAAGCCGUACGCCCUGACCUGCUCCGUGGUGGCCUUCUACAUCCCCCUGGUGCUGAUGGUGCUGGCGUACCAGAGGAUCUACAUCACGGCGCGGGCGCACGCCCUGCAGAUCAGCAUGCUGCAGCGAGCGGGGGGAGGAGGUGGUGGCGGCGGCGGCGGCGGCGGCGGCGGCAACGCUCCCGGUACGUCGUCCGGCGCCGGCGCGAUGUCGGACUCCGCCGACCACCAGCGCAACCACCGCAUGCGAACUGAAACGAAGGCGGCAAAGACCCUGUGCAUCAUCAUGGGCUGCUUCUGCCUCUGCUGGGCGCCGUUCUUCGUCACCAACGUGGUGGACCCUUUUAUAGACUACACGGUGCCCGAGCAGCUGUGGGUCGCCUGCCUCUGGCUGGGCUACAUCAACUCCAUGCUGAACCCCAUCCUCUACGCCUUCCUCAACAAGUCCUUCCGCCGUGCCUUCCUCAUCAUCCUGUGCUGCGGGAGGAAGAGGUACCGCCGGCCGUCCAUCCUGGGCUCCGGCGCCCCCUGCACAGCCACGCAGAUCAACGGAUCCACACACGUACUCAAUGGCUGCUCCUCUGCCUCCAAGCUCCUGCUCUGGUUCUGCAACACCAGGCCAGUGCCUGUCUAGCUGCUGUAUGUCUAGGGCGUCUCGAGGCUCUAUCAAAUAUUCUGUCCUUCACAACGGGAACCACACAGAGCAGGAGAAGAAGUCUCUGCAGACAGAAUCCCACGAGUCCUCCUUGUGACCAACAACAACAACAACAACAACAACAACAACAACAACGACAACGAUUCCACAGUCGCAAUCUCCAACGGCCUCGGCUUCUCACGACGUCACUGCCGAGUCGACAGCAGCAGCAGCAGGAGCCUCCCCACAUCCGGAGCUCAAAUCCCGCAGAGAUGCUACGAAUCCAGCACAGCUCCAAAUCCGAGCCCCCGGAUGGACUCAGGGAGUCGAGGGAGCUCAAGCCAAAACUUUCCCCGUGGUCUCCUGAGGUGCAGGCGGCCGGAAUGAAAAGCAGCUCGCGGGGUUGUGUUCAUUGCUCUUUUGUCUGCAGGCCCCGCGGAAACUGAGCUGGCCUAGUCGAACUCAACGGCGCCCCCUGCAGCGGGUCGCUACCGGUCCUGAUCCCGUGGAGUCCAGCUCGUCCUGUUUGGAACCGGCAGCUUUUGGCCGAGGGGAAUUUGACUUCAUGACAUGUGAUUAAAAGUGACUGCGCCGGGGAGUCGUGGAAGUAAAUUAUGUUGCCAAAGCUAUUUGAUACACAUGCAGUGGACCUAUUUUGGAUCAUAACUGUAUAUGAUGCUCCCUGUUGUUUUUCCCAGUAAAAAAAAAAAAAAAAAAAAAAAAA